AUGAUACCUUUUGACAUUGCUAGCUGUCUAUCAAAAAUUGGAUUCCUCAUCACCUUCCUCGCUGGACUGUUCUUGAUCUACCUGACAAUGGCACACAUCGAAAAUAUGGUCACCACAUACAAGCGGAUUAUUGUGUAUUUCGCAGUCUCUGGAAUGCUGUUUUCGGGGCUCGAAGUCAUUUCCCGCCCGUUUGCUCAUAAUUACAAUGGAGCUAUUGUGUUUUUCAGCACAAGCAAGUUGGAUUUAUCCCAGGAAAACCUGCAGAUAUUGAUUUCAAUUUGGUCUGGCUUCUAUUCUCUAACCAUUGCAUUCAUUUCAUUUCAAUUCGUUUAUCGAUACCUGAGCUUGUUUCAUGUGAACAGUUUGGAAUAUUUUGAUGGAUUUGGAACUGUAGUUUGGAUGGUAUACCCAUUGAUUCCUGGCGCGAUUUAUAGUAUCGCUUUUCAUAUUUUCUGUCAGCCAGAUGAAUACACAGACAGCUACGUCAGAUGGGAACUCUUCGAGACCUAUGGAAUUGCAAUUUCCGAAAUUCCCCGCUUUUUUAUGGUUCCAUUUGACGCAUCUGGAACUCUAAGGAUGGAAAGUGUGAUUAACAUUUCUGUGGACUUAUUUCUUAUUGGUUUUCAUUACCUCAUCAUACUGUAUUGUGGACUACAAAUGCAUUUCAAUAUGAGAAAGGAACUUAGAAAGUUCUCAGCUCCUCAACGAAGACUCCAGCGGCAAUUCUUCAAAGCACUUAUUGUUCAGAGCAUGGGGCCAACGAUUUUUCUAGUUCUACCAGCUGCUCCAGUUCUAUUGACUCCAGUGUUAUCACCUCUCCUGGAUGUCAAAGUCAGCUGGCAAACCGGAUGGAUGUUUACAUUGAUAGGGCUGUAUCCACCGUUUGAUAGUAUCGCCUUUAUGAUAAUUGUGUCAGAAUACAAAAACGUUAUCAGAAGCAACAUUUCUAUCGACAAGGCAACAUUUGCCAAGUUGGAGGAGGAAUUGCUCAAUGAGGCUCGAGCAUUCAACCAGAGGAGAAACCAGCACAAUAAAUUUGAUCUCCAUUAUCUUACUGUAAAUGUGGCGGUAAGAUAUGCCAAAGAGAUUAUCGAGGAGGCUCGAAAAAAGGGAGAGCGAUCGGUCUCCCUGGUUACUGGGGCUGGGAACAACUCCAUAAAUGGCAUCUCCAACACAAAAAAUGCCAUAAUGGGGGAAAUCCGAUUCAACAUGACCAAUUGUCGUGUGGCAGAAGAAAUCCGAUUCAACAUGACCAAUUGUCGUGUGGCAGAGCCUUGCAAUAAAGGUAUGAUUAAUGUUGAAUUCUGGUAG